AAAUUAUCCGUAUUUGCUUAUUGGUCCCUGUAAAUUAUCGUAUUUCUUCCUAGUUUUUCCUUUUCCACGCUCACAACUUCAAUAAAUUUACGGCAUAUUUUUCUAAUCCCACCUACCUAUUGUAUUUUGCUAUACUACUCCAGGAGAUUCAACACUCCGGGCUGUACAUAUGGAUCGCGGUUUUGGUGAAUUGAUGGACGCCUCCUCUUCAGCUGAUUUAGUCUACGACACAGGAAAUUUUGAAUGCAACAUCUGUUUUGAACUAGCGCAAGAACCAAUUGUGACGCUAUGCGGCCAUCUCUACUGUUGGCCGUGCCUAUACCAGUGGCUCCGACUCCACUCACAUUGCCACGAGUGCCCUGUUUGCAAGGCCAUUGUACAGGAGGAGAAACUAAUCCCCAUAUACGGAAGGGGAAAAUCAAAUUGUGAUCCAAGGUCCCGAUCACUCUCGGGAAUCCUUGUCCCAAAUCGACCAAUGGGACAGAGACCACAGACGGCCACUCCUCGUGUAGAUAUGAACUAUGUCCAACCAAACGAGCUGGACCCCAUCAUAAGAGCUAUGCCUAUGUCAGCUGCAAGAUUCGGCCACCUGACACUGUCUACCCUCUUUGGUGUCAUACCGGCCAUCUUCAACCUCCAGGUGCACGGGUUCCACGACGCCACAGUGUAUGGAGCCACCUCUGGAGCCCCAUACCUGUUUUCGAGCUCCUUUCAUGGAGGUUAUGUUCAUGGUUUUCAUAACUAUCAUACUGCUCCAAUAGAAUGGAAACCAAUUAUUUGGAAGAUUAUAUUCGUCAUCGUCGGUAUUUCCCUACUCAUGCAUCUAAUAUUUGCAUGAAGGUUGAUACUCAAAUCUGGUUCAAGACUUACCAACCAAAGUUAUGGUAACUGUAUAUUUAUAGUUGAAAUAAGAUAUAUUCCACUUGUGUGUGUUAGUGUUACGGACUAAAUAAUACUACUAUGAUAGUUAACAGUUUAGUGAUCAGGGACUAUGCUUUCCUGUAGCUACCACGACGAACGAUCGUCCGCUUCAUUUUUCUUUGCUUAAAUAAAAAUCGAAUGCGGAUUUUUUUUUAUGUAUCUCUAGGUUGAUCUGUAAUUAUCUCGCCACCUAAUGGAGUAACUCCUUUUAUGUA